UUUAUUCCCUUUGUCCAUCCUCGUGACUCGGUUUAUAAUCUAAGAGCGCCGUCACGUCCAUAGUCGCGCUAUUGUUAUCAUAUUAUUGCGCCGUCGUCGUACCUUAUCAUCCGAGCGUUUUGUUUGAUUCCCAUUUAUUCAUUUACCGUUAGCGACGAAAUAUAUCAAAACGUAUAUUUUGUCGUAAUACCGCAGCACACCAGCUCCAUUCCGUCGCAUCUCUUUCCAGUUCCAGGCGUUCAGCUUUCGUCGUCCAGCCCACGCGCGCCCGAGUCCGGAUCGCAGGAGGCCGAAUUUACUUACAACAAGAGAUACGAACAAUACGCAUGUCAAUCCAGAAUCUCAACGUAUUUGACCCGUUUGCUGAUGCAAACAAGGGUGCAGACGAUGAUGUACAAGACGGGCUUGUUCACAUAAGAAUCCAACAACGUAAUGGUCGUAAAACAUUAACUACGGUUCAAGGUCUGUCAUCAGAAUAUGACUUAAAGAAGAUUGUUCGAGCUUGCAAAAUGGAGUUUGCUUGCAACGGCACAGUAGUUGAUCAUCCGGAAUAUGGUGAAGUGUUACAAUUACAAGGGGACCAGCGAGAAAACAUUUGCCAAUGGUUAACUAAAUGUGGUCUUGCCAAGUCUGAUCAACUCAAGGUCCAUGGUUUCUAAUACUUUGUAUCAUUAAAUUACUCAGUCAAACAAAUCACAAUAAAUUAAAAAUUAAAAACAUGCGUUAAUAAAUUUAAUGUUUGAUUCAACUGAUUUUUUAAAUUUUUUAUUUUACUUUAAAUUUUAACAAGUGUAGAUUCAAAUUAGAUUAGUGAUAAUAUCUUAGUGUUAUCUUAUUACUGGUAUACCGUCGGUACUGACGUAUUUAGAGAACAUUUUCAAGAUGUUAUUCAUAUCUCAAUGUAACAAAAAUUUUUUUAAAUUCUGUAUUACAAAUGGUCCACAUAUUACAUAGUAUGAUGUCAGUGUUAAAAAUUUCAUUAAAUGUAUGACAUUUA